AUGUUAUUUUUUCUACAGUCAGCUGCUCCCGGCUCUUCGGCCUCACUGGGUGCCGAGCAAUUGCUUUUAUCCAAUGCAGCAGAUCUCAUCGUGCUUUACCAACGUCGUGAAGCAGCUUGGCGGCUUCGGCACGACCUUGUUGAGGCGACGGCGCAUAGCUCAGCUCUAGCUCUCGCGGAUGCCAAUCGGUUGCUUUCAGCUCACAGACAUGCCAGUGUCGAAUCUGCUAGCGCUUUGUACAACCUUUCCACGCGCCAAUUGAGUGCACUAACUAAUCAAGUGACAAAUGAGCGAAGUCUAGCUAAUCUUCGGCUUCGUGAGGUUGAGUAA